AUGCUCAGUAAGCGGCUGGCAGUCGGCAGCACCGGUCGCGUCGCCCGCGACACCGCGAGUGCGCAUUCACUUUCCUUUGUUUACGAGCGAGAUUAGCGUCGAAAUAGCUCGUACGAUGCGCGGUUCUCACAGUUCCAACGAGUACAGCUGACAGGGCGCGACGCGUGUGACCGUGUGAGUGCUAUGGAGUGGCUGAAGGGGCUGGUGCGGGGCGGGGCGCGGGCGGAGGGCGGGGAGGGCGCGCUGGAGUCGGCGCGGGAGCGGCGCCAGCGCUGGCGCAGCGUGUACGUCAUCUACUUCACCAUGUUCCAGAUGUCACUGGGGUUCAGCAUCGUGCUGACGGGCGUCUACCCCUACCUCGACAAGCUGGAGCCAGGCGCGAGCAAGGAGGCGCUGGGUCUGGCGGUGGGGAUCAGCCCGCUUGGGCAGCUGCUGGCAUCGCCGCUGCUGGGGCUGUGGGCGAACCGGCGCUCGUGCCGGCCGGCGAUGCUGGCGUCGCUGGCGCUGUUCGUGGCGGCGUCUGCGCUGUACGCCAACCUGCACCUCGCGCGGCCGCACGCUCGCACCUUCAUGCUGGUCGCGCGGGCCCUCGUCGGCGUCGCCUCGGCGAACGUGGCGGUGGCACGGUCGUACCUGUCGGCGGCGACGCUGGCGGGCGAGCGCACGCGGGCGGUGGCGGGCGCGUCGCUGGCGCAGGUGCUGGGGUUCGUGGUGGGGCCGGCGCUGCAGGCCGCCGCCGCGCCGCUCGGCCCCGGCCCCGCCUACACCGCCGCGCCCCGCCUCGACAUGUACACUGCCGCCGGCUGGGCCAACGUCCUCCUCGGGCUCGUCAACCUCGUUUGCUUCCUGCCCUUCUGCUUCACCGAGCACAAGAUCGCGGCGAGGGAGGCCAUGCUCCUCCGCGGCAAGGAGACCGAGAAGGAGGCGCUGGCGGAGCUGAAGCCGGACCUGGUGAGCAGCUGGACGCUGGUGGGCGCGUUCUUCGUGCUGGUGUUCAACUUCGUGCUGCUGGAGACGCUGGCGACGCCGCUGACGAUGGACCAGUUCGCAUGGAGCAAGCGGCAGGCGCUGCAGUACAUGGGCGCGCUGAUGAGCGCCGGCGCCGUGGUCGCCUGCGUCGUUUUCGCGCUCAUCGCACCGCUCACAAAAAUCUUCGAGGAGAGGGCGCUGCUGGUGUGGGGCGGGUUCCUACUGACGGCGGCGGCGUCGCUGCUGUGUAUCCCGUGGGGUCCGGGCGCACCGCCCCUAGCCGCGGGGGUGGAGGCCGGGGGCGGCUGCCCGGUGGACCGGCAGCCCUGGUGCGCCACGUCUCGCGUGCUUACGCUGCCGCAGUUCCUGCUCGGCUACGCGUGCGUCUCCGUCGGCUACCCGCUCGGCGUCACCCUCAUACAGACUAUAUUCUCGAAGGUGCUGGGUCCGCGGCCGCAGGGCGUGUGGCAGGGCGUGCUGACGGGCGCGGGGUGCGGGUCGCGCGCGCUCGGCCCGGUGUUCGUGUCCGGCGUGUACGCGCGGUUCGGCCCGGACGCCACGUUCGCGAGCACCGCCGCGCUCACGCUCGCCGCGCUGCUCGCGCUGCGGCUCGUGUACGCGCGCCUGCGGCCCCCCGCGCCUUCCGCCCCGCCCCCCACCGAGCUGCAGCCGCUAAGCGCGCCCGCGCCGCCCGCGCCGCCCGCGCAGCCUGAUGCGGCUCCCGUGUGACGUCGAUAGUGAUUGUAACUAAACUAAAGAUAGUCCAAGUUAAAUGUGCGGCUGUGCUAAUGUGUUAGCCAAAAAACUUGUCCUUGACGACCGACUUGAAGUGAUAUUGUGCAAUAAUAUGUGAAAGAACACUUUUGGCGGUAGUCCUUGAGGACUGGAAGUGAUUUUGUCCUGUAUGUAAAAGACGAACACUAUAUUGACAUAAUAGGUGCGGUGCACCGUGCAGUCGACGCAAAGGAACGAUUGUAGACAAACAUCGAAGACCGGAAUUUUGUAUUGUUAAGUUUACGACUUAAACGAAUUUAUUCUAAGUAUAAAAUAUUGAAGAAAUAUUUUAUACUUAUUUUUCUAUACGAAACUUAUACGUAUGUAGGUAAGUUUUUAAUUAGAGUAAAUAAAAUUACAUUCAACAGCGGUAUACCUAAUUAAAGUCGAUAUUCUAAAGCAGAGGUUCCCAAAGUUAUUUUGUUUACUACCCACUUUGAGAACAAAUU